AUGUUUUUUUUUUUUCUCUUCCAGAGGUUGAUCGCAGAAUUGAACAAAGAGCAAGAUGCUUUUAUUGCCGGUAAAAAUAACGAAAAAGGUGAGGCUGUAGCUCCAUGGAUUGGAGCACCAAACGAAGAUGCGUUACGCGAAGAAUGUCUGGCUCUUUCAACUGAUCGUCGUAACUUUGUAAGAGCUCCACCACCAGGUGUUGAAUUUGAUUGGGACUUUGAAGCUGUACAACCUAUGGCUCAAGCAACGCUUGCUCUUGAUCCUAAUUUAGAGAACAUGAGAAUAAGCGAAGAAAACUUUUGGCGUAAUUACUUUUACCGAGUCUCACUACUUCGUCAAAGUCACGAAUUAAAUGCGAUGGCAAGUCAAGCGGAAAGUAAUCCUAAUCAAUCCACCGGUAGCAUCGAUCACCCUCAAGUAGAUAGCAAAAAGGAAGCUAUAAAAGAUACACCAACUGGAUCACUAACAACCAAGGUAAAACCAACAAUAACAACAACACCCAAUACACCAAACGAUGAGUUUAUUUCCGACAAUAUGCAACCAUCUGACAAUGAUACACAACAAACCAAAGAGAGUAUUAAAAAGUUAGGAGCGAAAGCGUCAAAAGCUUCAACGCUGCUUGUGACUCUCUCCGCAGAAGAAGAAUGGGAAGGUGAAUUGGAAGCUGAACUAAAGGAUUUCGAGAUUGUACCUGGUGACAAUAAAAAGACAACGUCGUCAAAAACAGACAACAGUUUCUCGGUAUCAUCAACAGCAUCUGUUAAGGAGGGAAAAGAAGACUGGGAACAACAAAUGGAUGAACUACUCGACGAAGACGAGGAUCUUAAAUAA